CAAAAGUCGAAUCAGAUGCUUCCGGAGAUGCCAGUCCCCAAGGGCCGCGACCCAAUUUGGUCUUGUUCAUGCCCGACCAACUAAGGUUCGACUCACUGGGACACACGGGUAAUCCCGUCAUCAAGACGCCGAGAAUGGACCAAUUCGCCAGGGAAGGCACUCGGUUCACCAACUGCUUUACCCAAGCGAGCGUUUGUACACAGUCUAGAUGCUCGAUGUUCACCGGUCAAUAUAUCCAUACGUCGGCACAUCGAUCAUUGGAUUUCCUUCUCCAAGCACAUGAGGAGAACAUGUUCAAAACCCUCAAGAACGAUGGAUAUCAUAUCGCUUAUCUUGGUCCUCGAGGCGACACCUUUGCGCCAGGCGUCACCGAGAUGUCCGUGCACGAGCACGGAUGGAUCGAGAACCCGCCCAAUUGGCCUCCCGCCUACCAAGGCAAGAAGUCCGGCAUCAGCGAAGCUGAAAAGAUCGCCAACGCCACCAUCGACGAGAGGACGUUCUAUCGAGGCAUCCUAGAUCCGGACGAAGAGUUCGACUACGACCACGCCGUCGUCUCGUCGGCGAUCGAAUGGUUGAAGAGUUCCCCUCCGGAACCGUUCGUCCUGUUCAUGCCGCUGGUUUAUCCUCAUCCGCCCUUCCAGGUGGCCGAGGAGUUUUACCGGAUGUAUCAGGGUGUGGAUCUACCACCGAGGAUCAGACUCGAACAGCGAUCCGGACACGAACCCAAGUACCGUCAGGCAAUCAGGAACGAGCACAAGUUGGACCGGGCCACCGAAGAGGAUUGGGACAAGAUCAAGGCGACCUAUUACGGAAUGAUCACCCGGCUAGACACCCAAUUCGGGGAUAUCAUCGACACCCUCAAGGAUCUCGAUGAAGGUAAAAUGUGGGACAGGACGUAUACCAUGAUGUUCACCGAUCAUGGUGAAUACCUGGGAGACUUUGGGAUGAUCGAGAAAUGGCCCAGCGGUCUGAGCCAGCAGCUGGUACAAGAACCUUUGAUCAUAGUCGGACCUGGGCUACCUCAAGGCCAAGUCAAUGAAUCCGUCUGCGAGAUGGUCGAUCUCCUCCCGACCGUCUUUGAACUGCUUGGCGUGCCAGAAUCCUUCCCUCAUAGUGGUAAAUCGCUGGUCCCCACCAUCAAGGAAGAACGUGCGGAACAUAAACGUUAUGCGUUCUCGGAGGGUGGAUUCCUCGUCAAGGAGGAACCUCUGUUCGAGUGGGCGAGUUUCCCGUAUGAUCGGAAGGCUGGGUUGCAACACGAAGACCCGGCGUUGGUCGGACGGGCAAUCGCCUGCCGGGACAAGGAGUGGACCUACAUCUACCGCCUCUAUGAAGAUCACGAGCUUUACGACCGGGUCAACGACCCGACCGAGAUCCACAAUCUCGCUGCUGACAAGGCCUACGAAACGAUCGCCAUGCGAUUCAGGGAAGCGAUCCUGAAGUGGAUGGUCGAGACCUCCGAUUACCUUCCUUGGCGCAAAGACCCCAGGUUCCCCAAGGUUGAGCUCGAGUCGACCAAGGAUCAGAUCGAGAGACGCAAGCAGGAAAACAUCGGUUUGGGCAAAGGAGAUGGUGGCAAGUUCAACCAUUGA